CCCCUGGCCGUCCGCGGAGAGGAGGCUGCCCGGCGCUCUGAAAACAGGAACCUGCCCCCGCGGCCCGCGCCGCCCGCUCCUCGCAGAGGAAGUGUGUGGCGGGUGUAGCAACUGCUGCUCCUCUCGAUAGCAUGGGCUCGUGGACACCCCGGGGAGGCCGGGUCCCCCGCUCACUCUGCUGACGGAGAGGCCGUGCCGGGACCCUCGCCAGCUGCUCCCGGGGAGACCAUGGCCAGCCUCUGAAGGCUCCGCGCGUCGGCCGCCGCCCGGGGAGCCAGAGACAUGGGCAACAGCGUGCGAUCCGGCCCGGCGCCGCCCGAGAGGCCUCCGCCCUGCUCCGACGGGGUGGAGAGCGACUUCCUGGCCGUGCUGACCGAUUACCCAUCUCCUGACAUCAGCCCCCCAAUAUUUCGCCGAGGGGAGAAGCUGCGUGUGAUUUCUGACGAAGGGGGCUGGUGGAAAGCCAUCUCCCUCAGCACCGGGCGGGAGAACUACAUCCCCGGGAUAUGCGUGGCCAGAGUGUACCACGGCUGGCUGUUCGAAGGGCUGGGCAGAGACAAGGCCGAGGAGCUGCUGCAGCUGCCCGACACCAAGAUCGGCUCCUUCAUGAUCCGGGAGAGCGAGACGAAGAAAGGCUUCUACUCGCUCUCGGUGCGGCACCGGCAGGUCAAGCACUAUCGCAUCUUCCGGCUGCCCAACAACUGGUACUACAUCUCUCCGCGGCUCACCUUCCAGUGCCUGGAGGACCUGGUCAACCACUACUCCGAGGUGGCCGAUGGCCUGUGCUGUGUGCUGACCACGCCCUGCCUCACCCAGAGCACAGCCGCCCCAGCCGUGAGGGCCUCCGAGUCACCCGUGACCCUGCGCCAGAAGACCCUGGACUGGAGGAAGAUGUCCAGGCUGCAGGAGGACGCCGAGGGCGUGGGGAACCCGCUGGGGGUGGACGAGUCGCUCUUCAGCUACGGCCUCCGGGAGAGCAUCGCCUCGUACCUGUCGCUGGCGGGCGAUGGCCCCGCGCCCCUGGACCGCAAGAAGAAGAGCAUCUCCCUGCUGUACAGCGGCAGCAAGCGGCGGAGCGCCUUCUUCUCCUCGCCGCCCUACUUCGAGGACUAGCCCGGGACGGACGGACAGGCGGGCGGGCGGGCGGGCGCACGCUGUGUGCCCAGCGGGCGCAGACUCUGAACUCUCGCCUCGGGUCCAGCCGGGGGCCCCGUUUGCCUGGUUCCUGGGAACCUCGCCUCUUUCAGGCGCCAAGAGAAGCUACCUGAGCUCGCGCGCCCACCUCCUCUGUCCACCUGGGGACACAGGGCCCUCCCCUUUGGCGUCGGGCCUGUCCUGGACACCGGACCUCGACCCGCGAAGGGACCGUGCAAUGCUUGGAAGAGCCUGCCUGUGCGCUGUGUGCUCAUCACGUUUGCGGGGAAGACAGCCCCUCUCUCCCAAGAAAGGACGCAGGGCCCACCCCCAGCCAUGGUGCUCUGAGCUCACUGAGGACACCGCGGAAGGAGAAGAGCUGGGAAGAUGAGCCAACAGCUGCGUCCCAGGAAAAGGUCCCUGCACGGCACCUUCUCAGCCGUUGGUUGGCAGAGGCCUUGGUUCAUGCGCGCCGCCUAGCGAAGGAGCUCAGGGGCCUUGAAAGCUCGCCCACCGUCCUAGCUAGCUCUGAGGCUCUCUUUGCCCCGGGUCUCAACACCACGUAUGCAGAGGCCACACGGCCUCCCCGGCCUCUGCAGGGGCGAGGCCCAGGGGCGAGGGGAGGCUGCUGGGAGGGGCUAUGGUGCGGACGGACUGUGCCAGUGUCCACCAUCUUCCGCUGCAGCUUCCCCGCACAGAGCUUGGAGGGUAACCCCUAGUCCCCACAUCCACGCGCCCAGACCCCCUCCUGGCUGCGAAGAGGCUCCGUGUCCUGUCCGAUGUGAGGUGCCAGGAAAAAAGAAAAAAGAAAAAAAAAAGACCGCUGAGUCCCAGGCCCCAGCCGAGGUCCACAUGCGGACAGAGAGAACGUGUGCAAACGGAGAUCACGAGAGGGGGUGCCAAGGCAGACAACGGCGCCUGGCUCUGCGUGGGACAGGGGUCACGGGGAUGACCCCGAGCCCAGGUCUCAGCUGGACCUUUGGAGAGAGAGGGCGUGGCUGGGCGGAGGAGGUCAGAAUGGCCGCCCAUUGAUAAGUUCUAGAGCCUUCAUUUGACCAGUGUUUUAUCCUAUGAAGGGAGUGGCUCACACACACGGAUCCAAGAGCUGAGCUUGGGAGCGGAGGGGCUCAGGGGGGCUCAGUUCUGGCUCCAUCGCUGCAGGAGAUGAGAGAGCAGCGGCCAGGGCCUCUCGAGGAGAAGCCGGGUCUCCAGCUGCCCACGGCCCUGCCCCUGCCAGGAAGGCUGCCCGGAGCCAGGCCUUGCUCUCCCCGCUGGCAGGGGCAGGGAGGGAAGUGCCUGUGUCGGGGUGCCUCUCGCUGCCCCAGGAGGGCAUCUGUCUGUCCGUCCGCAUUGCGCAUUCUGCACUUCUGAGGUCACUGUGCUCACCGCACGUGUUGACGCGUUUACAUGCUUUUCUGCAUCCGCAGAGCCCGGGCCGAUUACGCCAAGAGACAUCUGGGGUUCCCUGGCCCCCAAAAGGGCUUCACGGGGACUGGCCGAGGCCUGGGCAGUGCCUGCAGCCCGUGCACACUGCCGCGGACAUAAAGCCGGGGCCGCCACCGGCCAGGUGUCUGCACAGGGUCCCCCGUGGGCUUUCCGUGGUGACUCACGUGGGGAGGACACGCGAGGGAUUUCUGAGCGGGAAGCAUUACGUUUUUGCUAAAUCAUGUAUUUAUUCCUGAUUAAAAUAAACCUAAUGCGUAUUUAA